AUGGAUGACUCUGAACCUGCAUGUGACCAAGUAAUCCCUGGAAAUGAAGACAUGCUAGGUGCUGAGGAACAGAAUUGCAAUGAGAUGUGCCAACCAGAGAGUGAAACAUCUUUUAGGAAACAAUCCCGCAGCAGCAGCCCUCACAUCCUAGGCCAGGAACAGGCUAUUAGUUUACUUGAAGAGACAGAGCAACCUGUUGUGCAAGACUCCAGAUAUGAGAAACUGGAAUCUCGCCGUAGCAGUCAGCAGUCCGUUCAUGGCCAGAAUCCGCAGAGCAGAAAAUCAUCACAAGGUAAGGCCUUAGACAAAACUGAAUUAAUGGAUGAACGGUGUUGGAUCAGCGAAAAAACAGGCAUAAAAAUGAUAUCUGGCAGUCAGCAAACUAGUUUUGUUUGGGGCCCAGAAACACUUGAAGAAAUUCUGCGUCCUUUUCAUGAGGCUGCAAUAAGCAGGGCUGCUUAUGCAAAUACAAAAGUAGAACCACCUGUAGCUCAAGACUCUCACCACAGUAUUCAACAACCAGAGGGGCAAGAAUCAAGGCGAGCUAGUCAACAGCUGAUAGCGCAAGAUUCUCACCACAGUAUUCAACAACCAGAGGGGCAAGAAUCAAGGCGGGCUAGUCAACUACCUAUAGCAAACGAGUCUCGCCGCAGUAUUCCACAAGUGGCAGAGAGAAAGGAAUCAAUAAAAGGUAGGCAACAGAAUGCAGUACACGAAUCUCGCUGCAGCAUUCAGCAGCCAGAGGGAAAGGAAUCAAGGCAAACUAGUCAACAGGCUUUAGCAGAAGAAUCUUAUUACAUUACUCAACAGCCAAAAGAGCAGGAGUCCAAGACUGGCAACCAGCUGCCAAAAAGACAGGGGUCCUACCAAAUGCCAGAAGAUAAAAGAAUAAAGAGACUGAAAAAAAUGCACAGAAAUAUAACUGACCAGGCACAGCAGACAGAUAGUGCAGAAUCUCUGAAAAGAGAACUGUUUGAAAAGAGUCUACAGACAGAUAGCCAUGGCAGUUCAGCAAUUAGUGCAACAAUUGAAUUGCAAGGUUCCCGCCAUGGCAGCCGCCAGUCUAACUUGCAAAAAAUUGAUCAGGAGAGUUUUCCAGUUCAGUUACAAGAUCCCUCUUCGGGCAACCAGCCCUCUGAAGCACCUGGGAUUUACCAUGGCAGCCUCCCACAUGAACUUUCCUCCAAUGGCACCAAGCAAUUUGAUGUUCAAGACCUCCACCGUGGCAGUCUUCCAGCUCAUUUACAACAUGAGGUACAAGAAUUCCGCCGGUGUAGCCUCCCUCUGGAAUUGCAAGAUUCCCUCCGCAAUAGCAAGCAGGCUGAAAUUCAAGAGUUCCGUUAUAGCAAUAUCCUCGCUGCAGUGGAAGAUCUUGGGGAAACUCCUCUGGAGGCUGAGGAAGAGAAUUUUCAGAGCAGUCCCCCACUUGAACUGGAAGUAUGCCCCCAACCUAAUCAACAGGAUAUUGAGCAGGACUCCCAGCAUGACAACCAAAAGCCCCAAGAGACAGAAUGUAAGGUGGAUCGUGAAACUGAGACCGAGGGGCCCAUUUCUUUGGAUGGUAAGACAGCACCACUGAAGCAAAAGGCCUCAUUUGCUCAGCAAACAUAUAGUAUCAUUUCAAUUGAGGAAUCUACCUGGCUAAACAGAAGAUCUGGCAAAUUAAUAAGAAACCUCAGUCAGCAGACUGAUUGCAGUUGGCUCCAGGCUAAUAGAGAGAAAGAAAAGAAGCUUGGUGAUCAAGAAAUGAUGACAAGUUGUGAAACUGGGGUUCAAAAAUCAACCUGCCCCAAGUCUGAAAAAGAAGUACAAGCACCUGCCUGGAAAGAUAUUGAGAAGCCUAUGGAGGAUGACCCCUGGCUGGUCAGAAAAAAGUCUGCUGUGCCUCAGAAAGACAGUGAAGUGUUAAUGGGACUCAAAUCUCGAAGAGGCAGUGAAAUGCCAGAGUACUUGAGGAGCACUGGACAGCCCAGCUUGCCUGAGAAUUGGAGGGACGCUGCUGCUCUAGAAAUCCUAAAGGACAGUGAACAGCCCGAGUUCACUGGACCUGAGAAGACAGGUGAUCUGUCCGCUGUGCCUGAGUUGCUGCAGAGCAGUAAACAGCUCUUCAUGCUUGACUCACAGAGGGGUAGCCAACAGUCCCUUGUGCUGGAAUCCAAGCUGGAUAGUGACCAGCCUGCUGUGCCCGAGUCCUGGAUGGGCAGUGAAGAGCCUGUUAUGCCUGAGCCUGAGAAACACAGCCAACCACCUACUGCACCAGUGUCCCGGAGAGGAAGUGAGAAGCCUGGUGAGCCUGAGUCCCGGAAACCUAGUGAACUCCGUACCCUGCCUGAGCCCCAGAAAGACAGCCAACCACCUACUGCAGCAGUGUCCCGGAGGGGAAGUGAGCAGCCCUUUGUGCCUGAGUCCCGGAAGCAAAGUGAACUCCGUACCCUGCCUGAGCCCCAGAAAGACAGCCAACCACCUACUGCAGCAGUGUCCCGGAGGGGAAGUGAGCAGCCUGGUGUGCCUGAGUCCCGGAAACCCAGUGAACUCCGCACCCUGCCUGAAUCUCAGAAAGACAGCCAACCACCUACUGCAGCAGUGUCCCGGAGGAGAGUGAGCAGCCUGGUGUGCCUGAAUCCCGGAAACCCAGUGAACUCCGGACCCUGCCUGAGCCCCAGAAAGACAGCCAACCACCUACUGCAGCAGUAUCCCGGAGGGGAAGUGAGCAGCCUGCUGUGCCUGAGUCCCGGAAGCAAAGUGAACUCCGCACCCUGCCAGAAUCUCAGAAAGACAGCCAACCACCUACUGCAGCAGUGUCCCGGAGGGGAAGUGAGCAGCCUGGUGUGCCUGAAUCCCGGAAACCCAGUGAACUCCGGACCCUGCCUGAGCCCCAGAAAGACAGCCAACCACCUACUGCAGCAGUAUCCCGGAGGGGAAGUGAGCAGCCUGGUGUGCCUGAGUCCCGGAAACCCAGUGAACUCCGCACCCUGCCUGAAUCUCAGAAAGACAGCCAACCACCUACUGCAGCAGUGUCCCGGAGGGGAAGUGAGCAGCCUGGUGUGCCUGAAUCCCGGAAACCCAGUGAACUCCGGACCCUGCCUGAGCCCCAGAAAGACAGCCAACCACCUACUGCUGCCGUUUCCCAGCGGGGAGUGA